CGCUGUUGAUGACGUUUGCUUGCGACGUGUAGUGGUUUCUUCGAUACGUGGAUUCCCAAAGUGGCGUAGAAAGUGUUCCGAAGGCAUCCAUCCAGCACAGACAGGCAGCUUGAUCAUUGAGUGUGAGCUGGAACGUUAAUCGCGGUAGCAAAUCCUAACCAACUCUCAGCCAGUCGAGAGUAUAAUUCGUGUGUUUUCGAUCUGAACUUUGAAGUGCUUUGGUGAAUAUCCACUAAAACACAAAACCGACAAAAUGCCUGCUCCAGCCAGUUCAACAUCCGUGGGAAGCGGAAGUCGAUCUCCCACAAAGCCCACAUCGGCCCCCCGGGCAAGUGCCGGAGGUUCCAGCAAUCUGAAGCAAAGGAAGACAACGACCACGACCACUGCUGCCCGGAAUCGUACCACUGGAACCGGCUCCGGUGGCAUGUGGCGUUUCUACACUGACGAUUCUCCCGGAAUCAAAGUUGGUCCAGUGCCAGUUCUAGUGAUGUCUCUGCUGUUCAUUGCAUCCGUGUUCAUGCUGCACAUCUGGGGCAAGUACACUCGCUCUUAAGGAUACCUAGUUUUAUAAGCCGCGUUCGCGUUUUCUAAACUGCUCGUGGAAAGCACUCCGCAAAGACGCAUUCACUUUAUACUAUUAUAACUCUUUAACAUUAUUGUGUCUAAGUAUGUUUCACUCGAUGUGUGCCCGGAAGGCAUUUUCCUUAUAUUUUUUCAUAUGUUGAGUACGUUCCGGGGAAGAUAUUCUUUUCCGGAGAUGAUUCAUGAACCCAUAUGAUUUUGUACUGAUGUGUCGAUUCUUGUAGAGGAAUAUACAAAAUAAUUUAAUUCACAAAAGGAAAAUAACGUUAUCAUUUGAAAAACUAUAAUAAAAAUAUAGAGAUUU